UCACGACCUUGGGAUUAGCAGUCGAACACUUUACUAAUUACGCCACGGUAGACUCUAAUUACAGUGUGAGGUUUUAAGAUAUAUAUAAUACGUUGUUACCAACAUUUGACAUAAAACAAUAAAUAAAUAAAUAAAAUUUUAAAAUUGUGUAAAUGUUGACAAGGAUAUUAAAAUAAGAGUUUCUAAUAAUAUCUUAGACUUAUCGAUUAAACAAUUGUAAUUAACCGAUACCGCGGUGUCAUCAAAGUGCUUUUUAUUAUGACGCUUAAUUAAAACAUCACAAGAAAAAAGAUGAUUAUCGUCUGCUAAAUAACAACAAACAAUGAGUCGAUUCGGAAACAAUAACCCGGUCACAUUUAGGGAAAAAAACCUGAUGUCCAAAAAAACAAAACACGCUACAAAUUUCAGUAUGAACAUUUUGAAUGAUUUCUUGCAAGAACGUUCAGUAAACACCGAUAUUCUUUCAUACUCGAAAGAAGAUCUAUCGAGAGUUCUGGAGGAUUUCUACAGUAACGUAAGAAUGAAAAAUGGAGAACUUUACAAGAAAAAUUCUUUAUUGAAUAUUCGUCAAGGUAUUAAGGCAGAUACUUAAAGGAGAAGGGUUCAAACAUUGAUAUUAUUACCGAUCCUCAUUUCGCAAAAGCAAAUAGCUGUUUUUCUUCAUUACUGAGAAAGACGCGAGCGGAAGGAAAAGGGGCUGUUGUCCAUCACCCUGCUCUCACCGUAGAGGACCUGAAGAAAUUGUACGGGCAUCACUAAUUUUUAAUACAAAUACCCCACAAGGUCUACUAAAUAAAGUUGUUUUUGAAAUAAUGUUCUAUUUCUGUAGAAGGGGACAAGAAAAUUUGCACAACCUUCGCGUACAGGACUUUGAAAUUAUGAAUUCGAAUGGACAAAAAUACGUUGAAAAAGUCACUUCAGAGUUAUCAAAAAAUCAUCAAGGUAUUACAAACGAAAUUGAAGGUACAGGGGGAAGAAUGUACGCCACCGAUUCUGAAUUAUGUCCAGUUCAGUCUUUUAAAAAAUAUUUGUCUAAAAGACACGCUGGUACGGACAGACUUUUCCUGCACUCCAAAAACAUCUUUUCAGAUGACGAGGCAGUAUGGUACCGGAAUGAACCCCUGGGGGUUAAUACCAUGAAAAAAUUUAUGAAAAACAUAUCAAAAUCUGCCGGACUUUCUAAAGAGUAUACAAAUCACUGCAUAAGAUCUACCACUAUAACUCUUCUAAACCACUGUGGGUUUGAAUCCCGCCACAUAGCAACUGUUAGUGGUCACAGAAACGAAUCUUCGUUGUCCAGCUACUGCUAUGACACAUCAGAUAAUCAAAAGAAGGCGAUGUCGAAUGCUUUAAGUGUAUGUACAGGACAGGCCGGGCCUGUGGACACUCCAGUCAAUGCUGUAUCAGAGUCUAUGGGCAGUCAUAAUUCCAAUGAUACCAUGACGGAUGACGAGCUAGUAAACUGUACAUUGACACUAGAGGCAACACAUGGAGUGGGAGUGGCUCAAUCCUAUUCUGGAGGUCGACAACCAAAAUUCCUAUUCUCUGGAUGCAACGUCACCAUCAACAAUCACUAUCAUUAAACGUUAUUGAAAUUAACUGUGAUAUAUUCCAACGUAUACACGUUAGAAUUACUAUUAUUGUUGCCAGAAUUAAAUGUUCAAUGAAAUGUUUUGAAAAAGUCAACAAUUUUUUUUCUUGGGUUUGUUAAAAGUUCCAUCACAACAGUUAAAUAAGCUAAUCAGCAUGAGACAUCAAUAGAUAUUAAAAGUCAGCAUAAUAAUAACAAUAGUGUUGUGUUUAGCAUGUACUAUGCCUAA